AUGUUUCUACGACCACUCGACUACGAAUCACCACUCGAAAUGCCUACUUCUCAAUUUGACAAGGCAUUCGCUCUAUUAGAGCAAUCAUUCAAGGAUGCCAGCUUUCUCCAAGCAUACAAGGCAUUACCUUCGCGACAAACAACCGAAAAGGCAGAAUCGCCUACUCAGGUUGCCUUCUCCGAUGACGAUGACGACUCGGACUACUCAGAUGCCGAUAUGCACGAAGGAUACCGGCCCAGAGACGCUCCCGCUACACACGCUCACCUGGUGCCAUUGCCAGGAGACAAGGCAGGCACCAACACGCCGCCAAAUCCACAGAGACCUCCAACUCCCGAUCUAACUCCGCCAAACUCUCCCAUGCCGCAUGCUGCCUCUUCCCGCGCCGAAUCUUUCAUGACUGCAAGAGAGACGCAAAGUCAAGCCAGUGCCAAGGCAGGCCAUAAGUGGUUGGAUGCGACAAGAGUUGCGGAUCGCCAAAAACAGUUGCGAGACUCGAUGUCUGAAUCUGGAGAUACGACACCUACGCAAGAGACACAUCUCGCCUUUCCCGCCCCUCCGACCGCCUCUUCCAUCCUGGCUUCUUCUACUCCCGAGUCAGAACAACAAACAACUCCCAGUCAGAAUAUACCCACUGGUAGCCACAAGAGAUCGAAAACAGCAGUCAUGCCGCUGUCUGAGGGAAUUGAUGAAGGCCCUUCCACGACGGCUAACGAUCACCUCUACCGACAUAUGCGAAACGAGAAAUCGAAGCCCUUUGUGCUCGCAGGCCCGGCUCAACAAAAACAGCCAGCCCUACGACGAGUCAGUAGGGUUGAUACCCUGCGCGAUGACGCUUCUUCCAGACGAAUGUCACCCUUGCCGGGCCGCAAGCACUUGGUCAAUGGAGACACUGAUGCAGCCAGAUCUGCUUCUAACCCAGAAACUGGUCGCAUCAGCAAAGUGCCGUUGGGUGACAAGAUGCACUUGCUUACUUCUCAGCAGAAUCGCCUGCACCGCCCGAAAAAUCAUAUUUCUCUCAAGCAAGACUACAACGAAGUAAAUCUCCACAACAACAGCGAUAUCUGGCUAGACUACGCAUCUCCAGAUCACAGCCAAGAUCAGCCACGAACAAGGUUGCGCCAUGUGUCUGCGCCGGAUGCAAAGAUGAAUCUCGCUCCAAAGCAAGGAUGGAAGAGGCAUUCUCUCGACGCCGAACUCGAAUCUCCUGAAUUGGAACGUCCACGGAAAACAUCUGUCGAGCAGUCCCAGAACCCUUCGACACAUGCUCUAUUCGACUAUCCUUUGCAGUCCUCACCACGGAAGUCAUCCGAUACAAAAGACAUCCGCCAUCUUCACUCAAACUCUAUGGAGCUAAACGAAGCCAAAGCCAUAAACCUCUACCCGCACGAGAAUAAAUCCCUCCUCAUGGUCCAACACAUAGCCAAGAAGCGACUUGCCGAAGCACAAAACGAAGGCGUCAAGCAGAACUCGCAUCCGACCUUCCACGCUGUCAUAGAUAUACCUACACCUCCGAGUAUGGAACAAGACCGUGAGGAUGUCGACAGUCCUCUUCGCAACCCUCGCGCUGCUCCCCAGCCACCGCGUCUCCCCGCAGUGAUCAUCAGUCCUGCAACGCCCUCCAGUCAAUUCCGCAAAACACCAACUCCACGCUCACCUUCACCACCUUCUCGCCGACCGAGUUUGGUCGAAAAGGCCCGUCGCUACUCUGAGACUCUUAUCCUGCCCGUAUCCUCGCAACGACCGAAAAGUUCAGAAGAUCGCGAUACCACUCUCCACCCUUUCUGGCGGCCAAGAGGGUUUUGGGAUGAUUUUACCGAUUCGGAAGAAGAAUAUUCCGAUGACGAUUUGGAGUCGGUCGAAGAACAACAGCAAAAAGGCAUGCAAGGUUGGAGGGCCAAGAGGUUAUCGGUCAGAUUACCCGGUUUCAGAGGAAAUGGCGGUUUCAUGCUGGGCAAUUCAUUGGGGAUCGAUCGACAUGGGACCAAUGUGCGACGACACCACGUCAACCCUCCAGCCACCAAAACACUCUCGAUCAAGAACAUGGACGGGCAGAGACAAGGGCUUCUGACAAGGUUGUUCACCUUCCCUUCCCUCCGAAAAAGGAAAUCCACCGACCUCCUCCGUGCGGCUGCUCAAUCGACUGAAAGCCUUAGGAGGUUGAGUCAAAGACACAAAAGACGCAGAAGUUGGAAAUGGGAUAUGGGAUUGAGAAAUACAAUGGUGAAGCGAAGAGAACGCAGAGAAGAAAUGCAGAGGGAGAAAUAUAGAGAGGGGAUUAAGGGGAGGAUUGGGGCGCCUGUGUUGUUGAAACGAGCAGAAUAG